AUGUCAAUGCUUCUGAAACGACGAGGUCUUCAUCAUGAGUUUAGUGCUGUGUUUUCAAAUACACUCAGCAACCCUGUAGAUAUUCUAAACUCUCCGAUGAUAAAAUCUCCUAUGAGCACCCCAGCAAGGAUCAGCUAUGCCGAGCUUAGUGAAGAAUUUCAUAACUCUGGUGUGAGCUACAUGAGGCAACUUUUACUAACUCUUUAUUACCUUGCUUCAUAUAUUUUUGGAAAUAUUAAAAAGUCAAAAUAAUCUCAAAAUAAAAAAAAUAAAUCUUGAGUAAGAAAAACAGCCUCAAGCUACUAUUCUGACUUUGGAAUGGACUAUGAAAGUACCUAUAUCCUUUUGAAUUCGAUCGCGGAUAUUUUGCUCCUCAACGAAAUUGAAAUAUUAUAUUGGUCUUACCUUCUGCAGAGAACUCUGCGCCAUAACUUAUCUCUACCUCCUCAGAACAUAUGCAAUCUCACCGCAUAUCUCUCCAAGAUUAGCUUCAAUGAAGACAUUGAGCCUUUCGAGAAAAUCAUGGGAGGAACCCAAUUCAAGCUGCAUUUUAACAACUGGCUGCUCAUUACAGAUUUCUCAACAGAGCCUAAUCUACGAGAAAUUAACAAAAUGUUCAGUCAGCUCGUGUAUAAUAUUAAAAUGGAAGAUGGAGAUAAAGACUAUGAAGAAAUGGUUGAUAAUCUUAUGCAUACCCCAAAGAGGAAAGAGAGUAUGGGCUCUGAGUUAAGGAGCGAGAUUUCGAGCAUUGGAGAUUUAUAGACAAACCCUAUAAAUGUCCUAUAAGGGUGGACAUUAAAGCUGGAAACUCUCCAGUGGCUGGACCAACUGAGGUUGGUCAGAUCAAUUGGAGAGAUGUUCAUUUGCCAACUCUCCAAUUGGUUUGACCAGGCUGAGUUGGUCCAGCCACUGGAAAGUUUCCAGCUUUAAUGUCCUGUCUUAUUAGGCAGUUUAUAGGAUUUACCUAUAGAUGCCGAGCUGAUCAUUUUUCAAAAAGAUUUUAUGUGUGGAGAGAAACUGUCUCCAAUCGAUGACGAUGUAAAAUAG